CUAAAAUGGACACCGUAAUCUAUGUAUAAACUACACUACCCAUAAUCCCACUCCGUUGUUGCAGAAGAGGGAAAAGCGAGAGCGCGAGCUCGUGACGUGUAAAGUGAGCGCCGCCUCAGCGGCUAUAGUGAGGAGAGAACGUGACAGCGAGAGACUGGAGACUAAAGACAUGACUUCAAGUGGGACACACGUUGACUCCAAGUCAGAACUAACUACCCUCCUGGAGCAAUGGGAGAGUGGACAUGGAAGUGGCCAGGAUAUGGUGCCCGUUUUAACCAGGAUGUCUGAGCUGAUUGAGAAGGAAACAGAGGAAUAUCGCAAAGGAGACCCAGAUCCUUUUGAUGACAGACAUCCAGGUCGUGCAAACCCAGAAUGUAUGCUUGGACAUCUUCUGCGAAUCCUUUUUAAGAAUGACGACUUCAUGAAUGCACUGGUGAAUGCCUAUGUCAUGACGAGUAGAGAGCCACCAUUAAAUAAUGCAGCAUGCCGUCUGCUAUUGGACAUAAUGCCAGGACUUGAGACAGCCGUUGUCUUCCAGGAGAAGGAAGGGAUUGUGGAGAAUCUGUUUAAGUGGGCACGGGAAGCUGAACAACCACUUCGGACUUAUGCUACAGGGUUGCUGGGGGGAGCCAUGGAAAACCAAGAUAUUGCAGCCAACUAUCGGGAUGAGAACUCGCAGAUGGUUGCCCUGGUUCUCGGCAGGCUGCGGGAGCUGCAGUCUCAGGAUUCUUCCUGUAAACAUGAAAUGAAGCGACAGAGCCCACGCCGGCCUCUCAGUGAACCUCUGCUCCCAUUAGAUGAGGAGGCAGUGGACAUGGAUUAUGGAGAAACACUGCUGGAUACGGGGCCUAAACAGGAAGAGGGGGUUUCUUUUCACUUGGCAUCUUCUCCAGCUUAUAGAGUUAUGAACUCUGGGGGCACAGGGCCUUCAUCUAGAAAGAAGCCCGAUAUGGUGAAAGUGAAACAAAAACUCAGCUUUUCAGAGCCUGAACGAGCAUCAAGUGAACUUUCCAAUAGUAGCUGGUCAGAAAUGUCACCAUGGGUCAUUGGCACCAAUUACAGCCUGUGCCCUCUGACUCCAGCCAUUGAACAAAGACUGAUCCUACAGUAUCUCACCCCUCUUGGAGAGUACCAGGAGUUACUCCCCAUCUUUAUGCAAAUGGGUUCUCGUGAGCUGAUGAUGUAUUACAUUGACCUAAAGCGUACACAUGAUGUGUUGCUCACAUUUGAGGCUCUUAAGCACUUGGCCUCUCUUCUUCUUCACAACAAGUUUGCUGCCGAAUUUGUUGCUCAUGGGGGUGUCCAGAAAUUGCUGGAGAUACCACGUCCUUCCAUGGCAGCUACUGGAGUGUCCAUGUGUCUUUACUAUUUGUCAUACAACCAGGAUGCAAUGGAGCGGGUAUGCAUGCACCCACACAAGGUUCUAAAGGAUGUAGUGAAUUACACACUCUGGCUCAUGGAGUGCUCACAUGCAUCUGGAUGCUGCCAUGCCACCAUGUUCUUCUCCAUCUGUUUCUCUUUCCGAGCUGUUCUGGAGCUGUUUGACAGUCAAGAUGGACUACGGAGGCUAGUGAACCUGAUCAGUACCCUAGAAAUCUUAAACCUGGAAGAUCAGGGUGCCCUGCUGAGUGAUGAUGAGAUCUUUGCAAGCCGCCAGACAGGAAAGCAUACCUGCAUGGCAUUGCGCAGAUAUUUUGAAGCUCAUCUUGCCAUUAAGGUGGAACAAGUUAAACAGGCUCUGCAGCGCACUGAGGGUGGGCUGCCCAUACACCCACCACCACCUUACAAGGCAUGCACAUAUACACGUGAGCAGAUAGUAGAGAUGAUGGAGUAUCUUAUAGAGUUUGGUCCAUCUCAGUUGUAUUGGGAACCCGCUGAGGUUUUUCUUAAACUCUCCUGCGUUCAGCUUCUUUUGCAGCUUAUCUCCAUUGCUUGUACCUGGAAAACUUAUUAUGCCAGGAAUGAUACAGUGCGCUAUGCUCUGGAUGUUCUUGCCAUUCUGACUGUGGUACCAAAGAUUCAGCUUCAGUUGGCUGAGCCAGUAGAUGUCCUGGAUGAGGCAGGUUCUACCGUCUCUACCGUAGGGAUGAGUAUUGUGUUAUGUGUGGCAGAGGGAGAGUUUUUCACACAUGAUGCAGAAAUUCAGAAAUCUGCCCUUCAAAUCAUCAUAAAUUGUGUUUGUGCUCCUGAAACGCGAGUCUCCAGCAUUGGUAAAUAUGUCUCUGGGACACCUCGGAGAAGGGGACUUGUUUGUCCAACAUUUCAUCACCAUGGACGUGGAGAGCCCACACUUUCCAAGAUGUGGAAUGUUGUCCAAUCUAAUAAUGGUAUAAAAGUGCUUUUGUCUUUGCUUUCUGUUAAAAUGCCAAUCACUGAUGCUGAUCAGAUCAGGGCUUUGUCCUGUAAGGCACUGGUUGGAUUAAGCAGGAGCACUUCAGUGCGACAAAUUAUUUCAAAGCUGCCCCUGUUCAGCAGCAGCCAGAUCCAGCAACUGAUGAAAGAGCCAAUCCUCCAGGACAAGCGUAGUGAGCAUGUUCGAUUCUGUAAGUACGCAGCGGAGCUGAUUGAGCGAGUGUCUGGGAAGCCAUUGCUAAUGGGAAGUGAUGUGUCUCUUGCACGACUGCAAAAGGCAGAUGUUGUAGCACAGUCUCGUAUUUCAUUCCCUGAGAAAGAGCUGUUGCUCCUAAUACGGAAUCACCUGGUAUCCAAAGGAUUACAGGAAACUGCAGCCACGUUGACAAGAGAGGCUGAUCUACCCAUGACUGCUGCUUUACAUUCUUCUACCUUCCUGCCUGCCACUGCUACCCAACCACCUACUACUUCUUCACCUAUUUCUCUGCCACGCACACCACGUAUCACUGCUAGACUUUCAAGUACAGCAUUAUGCCCUCACCCACCUUCAAGACCUCCAUUACCUCCGCCUUUAUCAUCUCCUGCCACAGUAUCUACAGGCUCCCCACUUAUUGGUCGGAUCAGCUUUGCUCGAGAACGGCAGUCACCUUGUAAUGGAAAGAGGGGACGUAUUCUGCGGCAGAAGUCUGAUCAUGGAGCCUAUAGCCAAAGCCCCGCCUUCAAAAAGCAACUGGAAAGACAUGUGCCCUCUCCUCCUACUCUGGACAGCAUUAUGACAGAGUAUCUGCGAGAACAACAUGCUCGUUGCAAGAAUCCUGUUGCUAUAUGCCCCCCCUUCUCCCUUUUUACUCCACAUCAGUGCCCAGAGCCUAAACAGCGCAGACAAGCCCCUACGAACUGCACUUCCAGGUUAACCCGACGCGCUGCCUUUCCCAAAUAUGGAGGUGUAGAUGGGGGCUGUUUUGACAGACAUCUUAUUUUCAGCAGGUUCCGUCCAAUAUCUGUGUUUCGUGAAACAAAUGAAGAUGAGAGUGGCUUUACAUGUUGUGCAUUCUCUGCACGUGAGCGAUUUCUGAUGCUGGGGACAUGCACAGGGCAGCUGAAACUAUACAAUGUGUUUAGUGGGCAGGAAGAAGCUAGCUACAAUUGUCAUAUCUCUGCAAUAACACACUUGGAGCCAUCUCGGGAUGGGUCUCUCCUUUUAACUGCAGCCACAUGGAGCCAGCCUCUUUCAGCACUUUGGAGCAUGAAAUCUGUCUUUGAAAUGAAGCAUUCAUUUACUGAGGAUCAUUAUGUUGAAUUCAGCAAACUUUCACAGGACCGUGUUAUUGGCACAAAGGAAGAUGUGGCUCAUAUUUAUGAUAUUCAGACGGGGCAGAAGCUACUUACCUUGUACAACUCAGAUCUGGCAAAUAACUACAAGCGCAACUGUGCUACCUUCAAUCCUACUGAUGACCUAGUGCUGAAUGAUGGAGUCUUAUGGGAUGUGCGAUCUGCCCAAGCCAUCCAUAAAUUUGACAAAUUCAACAUGAACAUAAGCGGUGUCUUCCACCCCAAUGGCCUGGAAGUCAUUGUGAACACAGAGAUUUGGGAUCUUCGAACCUUUCACCUUUUGCAUACUGUGCCAGCUUUGGACCAAUGCCGUGUUGUUUUCAAUAACACAGGAACUGUCAUGUAUGGAGCCAUGCUUCAGGCAGAUGACGAGGAUGACCUACUAGAGGAGAGGAUGAAAAGUCCAUUUGGUUCUUCUUUCCGAACCUUUAAUGCUACAGAUUAUAAACCAAUAGCCACCAUUGAUGUGAAGCGCAAUAUAUUUGACCUGUGCACAGACACAAAAGACUGCUAUCUAGCUGUUAUUGAGAAUCAAGGCACAAUGGAUGCUUUAAAUAUGGACACAGUCUGCCGUCUCUAUGAGGUUGGGAGGCAACGGCUUGCAGAGGAUGAGGAUGAAGAGGAAGAUCAGGAGGAAGAAGAACAAGAAGAUGAUGAAGAUGAUGAUGACGACGAUGACUCUGAUGAUCUAGGUCCUUUACUGGAUGCAGAAUUGGAGGAGGAAGAGGAAACUGGUGAGCAAGCGGGCGAGGAUGGAGAGAAUGAUUUCUCACCCUCCGAUGAUGAAGAGCUUGCGAAUUUACUUGAGGAUGAUGAAGAUGAUGGUGAUGAGGGUGACGAAGAUGGCCAUGAUGACGACUCAGAUCUUGAUCCUGAAGUGGAACUAAUACUUGGAGACUCUGACAGUUCAGACAAUUCCGACUUGGAAGAUGACAUUAUGUUAGCGCUAAACGAGUAAAGAUUUCGGAGUCUCGAUCAUUUGGACACAGGGUCAGUCCUCCACCUGGAGACGCAGCAAAAGGGGCAGAGCUCCUCUGAGUACUAGAUGGAGCAGGUACUAGUAAGAGUGAGAUUUAGAGGUUGCUACACGGAUAGAAACAGCUUGUCUUCACACUGCAGGCUUCUUUUUGGGGGGAGUAGCUGCCAGUUGUCUCUCUUGUAGCUCCUCUCUUCCCUCCCCCCCCCCCACACUAGAGCCAACCAAGAUUUACACUUUUCUUUUGUAAAAAUAAAAGCUCUUUAACAAUUAGUUUUAUAUAAAACUGAAGAUUUAAAAAAAAAAAAAAAAAAGGAAGACCAAAAGCAGUCUGCUGGGAAGUGUUGCUUUCCCCUGGGGAAAAGCAACAACAUUUUUUUUUUUUUUUAACUGUGUUUUCAGUUUUUUUAUAGAGCUGUAUUUAAAGGGAUGAAAUUAAUUCAGUUUUCUUAACUCUAGCCUGGAAAGUAUUUUUAUGAUAAAAUUGUAAUAUAUUGCAUAGGAUAUGGCUUUUUUUUUUUUUUCAUGGUCCCAUUAGUGUGGGUGACCUUUAUUGAUUGGUUUUUCUGUACCAAUGGUAAGAGAUGGGGGAUUUCUACAGCAUUAAAUUGCCUUUGUAUGUCAACCUAUGUAACAUUGUGGCCAGGUAUUUUCUUUACUGCUUUAGGCUGCCUUUAUUUGUAUUAACUUGGCAGCAGCAGCAGAAUUUUUUUUUUUUUUUUCUUUUCCUUCUAUGACCUGCAGCCUCAAUAGAUACAGGGCUGAAGAUUACUCCUCAGGGAGCUCAGGAAAGCCCAGUCCCACAAGGCUGGUUCAGAACAGAUGUUGUUAUUCAUUGGCAGCAAGGAUUCCACCACCACCCCUCCCCAAAACAUUGCUUUUACAUUGGACGUGUGUGAGACAAAUCAGAAAAAAACAUUUCUUUCAUGUAAAGUGUAUUUAUUUAAAAAAUAAAACCAAAAAAGGUCA